AUGUCGACUGUGGCUGUCAAAGAAGAAAGUAAAACAGUUUCAGCCGCAGGCGUGCCCAGCUGGAGCGACGAUCCACUGUUGGACCUGAUGCUCGCCAUCGAGAGGGCCUGCGACGAGGAGACGCUCCAACGCCUGGCGCGCUCGGCCCAGAUCGCCGGGGAGAAGGCUCGAGCCAAGCCCGAAGGCGACCAGCACGCCUACCUCGAGAAGCUCGCCCUCGGUGGCCUCGGACUCGCACCCCUGCCCAACGACCCAAAGCCCAAGCCCCCGAAGGAGCAUUACUUCACCGAGUCCAGCGACAACGACAUUUUUCCAAACGAGGGCCAGCUGGACACGGAGUUGAGGCUGCAGCGCAUGAGGUCGUUGACGAGUCGGUUGGCAAGUGAGCGGAAGUCCGUUGACGCGGUAGCGUCGGAGUGGACCUUGCUCCCCCCGGUGUCGUCGUUCCUCGACUCCUCGCUCGACGACACUUCCGGCUGCCGGUUCCUCGCUCGUCCGCCAGCAGUGGUGGGACGGCUGGCGGAAACUCGGGCGGUCACGCUGCCCGGCCCAGUGGCUGGAGUUGCUGUCGCGGUUGGUACGGGCGCAACGGGCGAGCAGUGCCAACGACAGGGGAAGCGCACGAGCAAGCGAACAAAGCGCCACAAGAGACCAAGGACGGCCACGAAUCGGGUGUCGCCGAAGGAGACGAGCGAGAUUCCAAGUGGCAAAGCAAAGCCGUCCGUCUCGGCCGGGAGCGCCACGACUGCGAGCGACGGCAACAAGGGGUCGCUGGCCAGCGGUUCCUCCGGGACCGCCGAUCCACUGGAGCCUUGGAGCACACGCGGCAUCAAAGACAUGAACGCCAUACUCGCCUGGAACGAGCGACCCGACCCCGACGUCCCUUGAUCCCUCCCCCCGUCCACCCAAUAACCCUCCCCUCCCAUGUACUCCGCGACUCCGGUAUCUGGCAGCGGAUCUCUCCUCUGGGAUAUUCACCCGGACUUUGGUUCUACUUUACAUCUCUACUGUGCUCCUGGUUUUUAUGAUUG